CAGCAGCCCAGCAGUGUCAUCCCAGCAUCCUCCCACCAGCAUCCCAGUAGCAGCAUCCCACCAGCAUCCCACCAACAUCAUUCCACCAACAUCAUCCCGGCAUCAUCCCACAUCCCACCAGCAUCACCCCAGCAUCAUUCCACCAACAUCACCCCACCAACAACAUCCCACCAGCGUCAUCCCAGCAUCCUCCCAGCAUCCUCCCACCAGCAUCCUCCCACCAGCAUCAUCCCACCAGCAUCAUCCCACCAGUGCCCCAAACCCUCCUCCCAUCCCCAAGUAG